AUGAGUUCCACAAACUCCACCCCCUCCUCCUCCAUCCCCGCAACCCCAGCCGCCCACUCUCGCCGCGCCUCUCACGACUCAGCCCACGACGCCCACCACUUCGUCACUCUACAGCAACAGCGCGAGAACGAAGAAAAGACACAGCACAAGAUCAACCUGGGCAUCAAGAAGAUGUGGGAGGGCGUCAAGAGACAUGCUAGUGAGCACCAUCGCAGUGUCAAUGCUGCAUACAUGGCGAGUUAUGGGUGUGGAGCCCCGGGGGGUGCAAGGAACUAG